UCACCCAGAAAAAUAACCCCUUUGCCCUGAAAAGCUGAGCUAAUUCAUCGUGUUUUAUGGGAGCGUACUACAUAUCAACACGACAUAGUGCGCGGUGCAUGGUGCCAUGGUGGUGUGAGCAUGAUGUGUGAAUUCAGCCUGUAUUCAUAUUCUGAUUCAACUGGAUAUGCAGAAAAUGUCGCACGCUGACGGUCCAAACGGCACCGGUCCGCCUCCACCCCCGGACUAUGAAUGGAGGUAUGAGUACUACGAUGAAGAGGAGCUGGUGUCUUUCGAAGGUCUGAAGGUGCAUCGCUACUCCAUCGCGAUCGGCUUCUGGGUCGGCCUGGCCGUCUUCGUCAUCUUCAUGUUUUUCCUGCUCACACUUCUGAUCAAGACCGGAGCUCCUCAGCCCGAAGGUCAGCUCUGUGAGAAACCACCUCGUGUGAUUGGCUACGUGGACGCCACCCUCAAUGUUUCCCCUCCCUCCAACCCUCCAGGUGCAGACUCGUCUUGCUGCCUCCUCUGCUGCUGUGACUCAGAGAUGGAUGCUCAGGGGAGCUCUGCAGACCAGCUGACCGCAGUGGGAGGAGUAUCAGAAGGCGUGGAGAUGGGGGAGAGAGUCUGCGCUCUCCUCCUGCAGGAACUGAAAGUGACCGAGAGAGAAAAUGACACGCUUGCUCAUUUUGAUGUCCCCAACUGUGUGAACGCUGAAGCUGUGGAGGAGAACGAGCUGCUGCUGGAAGAGCCAGAGCUGUCAAUCAUCCUGGAGGGGCGGGAUCAGAGCUGAGAGAUGCUGCGGUGAUUACUCAGUCUCAAAAUGAAGACCCUGCUGGUGACAAAACCUGGAUGAACCUCCAGACGUGUGAUCAGCUGUUGUUCAGUAUCAGGUCACUAAAUCGGGUCCUGGUUCCUCAAAACUUUAGACUUUGGGAAUAAUCCCGUUUGGAAAUCCACUUUUUCAGCUUCCAUGGUCAGGGUAAUCCAGGCAACUUUACCCUGCUUUUUUAAGGUUACUAAAUUUGGAUAACCAGCGCUGUAACUCCGGCUUCAAAGUACACACUUUGUCCGCAGGGGGCACCAAACUAUGUCACAAUAACCUGAUAUUUCAAGGCAUGAUGUGAAAAUAAAAAGACUCAAGUAUGGG